GAGGGGCCGGUCGGCGGGCGGGCUCCCCCCUCCCCCGCCGCAGCGCGGCCGCCGCCGCCGCCGCCGCCGGAGGAGCCGCCCCCCGCCCCGAGGUCUCGCCGCUCGGCCCCUCCGCUCGGCGCGGCGCGGCGGGGGCACGCCGUCGGGGCGGGCGGCGGCAUGUGGCGGGGGCUGCCGGUGCUGGCCCUGGCCGGGCUGCUGGUGCUGGGGCGGGCGCCGGCGGGGCGGGCGGCGGCCUGCGAGCCGGUGCGCAUCCCGCUGUGCAAGCCGCUGCCCUGGAACAUGACCAAGAUGCCGAACCACCUGCACCACAGCACGCAGGCCAACGCCGUGCUGGCCAUGGAGCAGUUCGAGGGGCUGCUGGGCACCAACUGCAGCCCCGACCUCCUCUUCUUCCUCUGCGCCAUGUACGCGCCCAUCUGCACCAUCGACUUCCAGCACGAGCCCAUCAAGCCCUGCAAGUCGGUGUGCGAGCGCGCCCGCGCCGGCUGCGAGCCCGUCCUCAUCCGCUACCGCCACGCCUGGCCCGAGAGCCUGGCCUGCGACGAGCUGCCGCUCUACGACCGCGGCGUCUGCAUCUCCCCCGAGGCCAUCGUCACCGCCGAGGGCGCCGAUUUCCCUAUGGAUUCUAAUAACGGCAACUGUAGAGGCGCUGGCAUCGAGCGCUGCAAAUGCAAGCCUAUAAAAGCUACCCAGAAGACUUAUCUACGCAACAAUUACAACUACGUCAUUCGGGCUAAAGUGAAGGAGGUAAAGACUAAAUGUCACGAUGUCACUGUGGUAGUGGAAGUAAAGGAGAUCCUAAAAUCUUCCCUGGUGAACAUCCCAAAGGACACUAUAAACCUUCACACAAACUCCGGCUGCCUGUGCCCGUCGCUCAGCGCCAACGAAGAAUACAUCAUUAUGGGCUACGAAGACGAGGAGCGGUCCAGGUUGCUCUUGGUGGAAGGCUCCAUAGCUGAGAAAUGGAAGGAUCGUCUUGGUAAAAAAGUAAAGCGCUGGGAUCAGAAACUCCGCCACCUCGGGAAGGGGAAGGGAGAGCCCGCACACAGCGACUCGGCUCCGAAACCUGGCAAACCCAGCAGUGCCCGACCAGCACGUAGUUAGAUGUGGGACACCAUACAUUGACAUGCAGUGGACUAUCCACCAAGACUUCAUUGUUGGAGCAGCAAAGGAGAAAUUGCACUAUUGCACGUUAUAUUCUAUUGUUUACUACAAAAUAAUGUUUUAGCUUAUAUUAGUUUUUAUUCUCCCUCUUGUUUUCUGCAUUUUCUUUUCAGAUGUGUGCAAGCUCUGGAAAUACAUAUUUUAUUUUUUUUCUGUUACUAAGAACUGUAGAAAACUGCCCUUAUGAGAUGGGGAAAAAUAAGGACCUGUUGAAUUUACCAUUUUAUCUCCUCAGUCUUCUUAGGGAGAAAAUUCUGAUGCAAGCAGGAAUGAGAUCUGGCAAAGACUGUCGCUUGAAGUCAUGACUCAGACUGGCUUCCCCCUUUCACUCUUUCCUGGUCGCUGUUUGCUCAAACUUACUGUGUUGGGGGGGAGGAUGUUAUCUGGUUUUAAGUGCAUAAUUUUUUAUUCUGAAAUAUAAUUCUGAAAUAUAUAAAGAAAUGAUGUUAAGAGAACUGUUUUAAUCAGUACACCUUUCUUAAGUUUUCUUAUAAAUAAACCACUUGUGUAAGCCAAAGUCUAACUUAAAAUAUUUCCUGUGACAAACACAGUGUGCUUGUGCAGAGGAGACCUGGGUUUUCCAGUGCUCUGGACCUUGCAGGAAAGGUAGUAUAGUUCUGUUACCACAGGACGUAAUUUCUAAUAUACUUCUCUUAUAAUGGCAGGGUUUUUUUCCCCUUUUCUUUCUUUUCUCUGCUGAGUUGUAGCAGUAGACUGACUUACCAGGCCUGCUUCUCAGUACAGGUCUGCACUUUAUCCUUUUGAUUUUGUGGUGUUAUUCUUAAAUCUGUGCCUACAUAAACAAGCGUUCAAUGCUCAGUAAAAUAUGUCCAAUAAAAGAAUUGUAGUUACCAACACAGACCUUA